CACUCUACGGAGUCAGAACAAAUUCAUUUGAAGCGCGCAUAAACGUCAGCUACGCAAUCAACCGAACGAUUGUGUGUGGUGGUACGUCCGUCAAAACAACGGGAUUUUUUGGUUUUUAUUUUUCGUGUAACAUCGACAAGUCGAAGAACAACAACACAUUAAAAGUCGUUGCUGGUUGAGGUGUUUUGCCGUUGAGUUGACGUUGAACGUGUACGGGCGCGUAUGAGUGUGCGUGUAUGUGUAUAUUUCCGCCGCUUGGAUGUUGAUAUUCGUUGACGUCGCGUCGUCGCGCAAAACGAACUUUGCAUGUUUCGUCGCUGUAUUUCCGGCAACAGCGCGCGUACUUUUCUUCUUACGAAAGUAUUAAAUUAUGAAGUAAAAAAUUGCUAACGAAAAUUUUCGCUAAGUAUACAAUGUACACACACACACACACAUGCAUAUACGCUUAAAUAUGUAUGUGAAAGUGCUAGUGCAAGAAAAAUAAUGUAAAAAUUUUUGUGUGAGAAAUAUUUCUGAUUUAUAUGGCACAAAUUGUUGCUGGUAAAAUCUCUGCUGCAGAAAAUGCUUAGAAAGUUAAAGUACGAUAUGACAACGACGAUGUUGUCAGUGAUUGCGGUGCGGCGAAGCAACAAUUAUGUUGGAUGAAAAAAAAAAAAAACGACGAAUGCAAUUUAACAAAGUUUUAUAUGGAGGUGUGCAAAUAUUUGCUAUUAUCGCAGAAAGAUUUUUAAGCAAUGGAAAUAAUUUAACAAAAAUCGAACGCAAAAAUUAACGAAAUUUCGCAGCAAAAUCACAGUUGGUUUUUUUUGGCGAAAAAUGUGUGACGUUAAAAAAACGUAACGUAUUAAAAAAAAUGUGACAGAAAAAAUUUAAAAUACAAGCAAGAAAAUAAUAAAAAUAAGCAACAGUCGUAACGAAAAUGCAGCUGCAUAAAUGUAGUAAAAAUAUUUUUGCUGCUAACGAGUGUCUACGUUGUUUUAGCUGAAAUUAGCAAGAAAAGAAAAGAAAAUUAAUGGUAACGUUUUUAUGCAAAGAAGAUCUCGAAAAAUAUAAAAGUCAUACAAAUUUCAUAGCAAAACUUUUCUGAACCUUUUUGUGUUAUUUUUGAACGCAGAAAAAUUUUAAAGCUGUUUGGCGCAUAAGCGAAACUGCAUUGAGAAUAAAUUCGCUGUGGAAUGGUGAAAAAAUCGCAUCUCACAAGAGGAACAAAUUUCAAAGUCUUAAAUAGCAAUUCGUGUAAAUUUUAGCAAAAAAAAAAAUAAAAAUAUUCUUACUUAAAAAACAAAGAAAUUACUGUGAGUCUGUAAAGUACGUGCACAUAUCAAGCAAAAAAAAAAAAUAAACAAAAACAAAUAAACAAAAAUAAGCAACAAGCAAAAACAAAACAGAUUUUUUUUCCAUAAAAUCAAUGAAAAGUUAAUUCAAAACACAAAACUGCUGCUGAUAACAAAAGAAAGCAGCCAGUGUGGCUUUUAUGAAAAACUAAAAAAUAAAAAUUAACAACAAACAAAACAAAAGCAAAACAAAACAAACAAACUUUGCUUUGUGUCGUCGCUGUCUGCUGUGAAUGAAAAUUUUUUGCAUUUAUUUAUUAACUAAAACGGAAAACAUAGAUUGCGCCUUUAAUUCAACUAAAAAUUUUACAAAUUUACGACUUACAAAAGAAAAAAUAAACAAAAAAUUGUAGCAUUUAAAGCAACGCAACGCUUUACGUUAAAAUUUCAGUGCACACUCGCUAAAAAAAAAUACAAAUUUGUGUGGUUGUAAAUUUUCGUGUUCAAGCAAUUAAAGCCAACUUAAAGCCUACAUACCUAGGGGGCAUACCUACUACUACUCCCUUCACAGCGCAUCUGUGGAAUUGCUUCAUUUUUUUAAUUUACUUGCUGUUGCCUUCGAAAAGUGUUACACUUGCGUGAGUGUGCUUAUAUUUUUCGAAUAGUGUUCUUGUUGAUUUUGUAAAACUUUUGCUGCAUGCAUUUUUAAUGGAUUUUUACACUUCAACUACUGCGCUGCUGUGCGAGUCUGUGUGGAUUUAAUAUUGAUCACUGCAUGUGCAUGAAAAAAGUUUACACCAACAACUCUCUAUAAAAAGGUACCUACUUAUCAAUUUUCGUGCGCUUAAUUAUACCCCAGUUUCAUUCAUAAGCAAUUUUAAAAAUCAUCCAAAUCGACACUGCCUAAUUUUAUUUUACUACAAUUUUUUCGCAACGAAAAGAAGUGUUAAGGAGCAAACGAAAUAAUACUGUAAAGCUAAACUGUGAAAAAUAAAUAUCUAUGCAAUUCUAAAAGCAAAAAAAAAAAUCACACUUCUAACUUUAACCCACUCGAAUAAAAUACAAAAAAACAAACGUAAAGAUGCAAACUACUACACACAGCACAACAACAACAAAUAUAAACACAAUAAGUAGAAGAAAUUCCACGUCUAAUCUACGCCAACAUCAUCAUCAUCAACAACAACACAAUCCACACCCGCGCUACAACAACACACGCAAAAUGUUCUCCCGACAGUGCCUUUCUUCCCACAACUACAACUAUCGACUACUACAAUUUGCUCUACUAUGCACAGUGGCGCUGCAGGUGGUGCCGGUGGCGCACAGUUUCGAUGUUGCUACUUGCAAACAACCACUGGGCAUGGAGUCUGGUGAAAUCACAGAUGCUCAAAUAACUGCCAGCUCAGCGCAUGAUACAGGCUUCGUUGGCCCACAACAUGCAAGACUGAAAACCGAUAAUAAUGGCGGCGCUUGGUGCCCCAAACACAUGGUCUCAAAUGCGUUGAAGGAAUAUCUGCAGGUGGAUCUGUUGCAAACGCAUGUCAUAACGGCGAUACGUACGCAGGGUCGCUAUGGCAAGGGUCAAGGUCAAGAGUACACAGAGGCAUAUGUGCUGGAGUAUUGGCGGCCGGGAUUCACCAAAUGGCUACGAUGGAAAAAUACACAAGGAAAGGAGAUUCUGCCUGGCAACAUCAAUACAUACAGUGAAGUGGAAAAUUUACUGCAGCCGAUAAUUUUUGCGUCGAAGAUUCGUAUUUACCCAUAUGGACAAUACGAUCGGACGGUGUGUCUGCGCGCCGAGAUUGUCGGCUGUCCGUGGGAAGAGGGUAUCGUAUCGUAUAGCAUACCGAAAGGCGUGCAACGUGGCAUGGAAGUGGAUUUGUCAGACAAGACUUACGAUGGCUAUGAGCAAGGUGAUCGGUAUGUUGAAGGAUUGGGCCAGCUCGUGGAUGGUCAAAAGGGCAAGGAUAAUUUUCGCACUGAUAUACAUGGCUAUGGCAAAGGUUACGAGUGGAUUGGCUGGCGGAAUGAUACACCUGAUUUAAAUGGCAAGCCUGUGGAAAUUGUUUUCGAAUUCGAUGCAGUACGAAAUUUUAGUGCAAUUAUUUUGCACACGAAUAAUAUGUUCACAAAGGAUGUACAGGUAUUCGUGCGCGCUAAAGUCUUCUUUAGCAUCGGUGGCCGUCAUUUCUCCGGUGAACCGGUGCAAUUCUCUUACAUGCCAGACACCAUAAUGGAUCACGCGCGAGAUGUCACCAUCAAAUUGCAUCAUCGUGUUGGUAGAUAUUUGAAAAUCAAUUUAUAUUUUGCUGUGAAAUGGAUUAUGCUGUCGGAAAUUUCAUUUGUAUCGGUGCCGGCCGUGGGAAAUUUCACAGAUGAGUCCGAGCAACGCGCCACGCUGCCACAGGAUACACGCGAAUAUCCAUUACAAAGUAAUGACUAUCAUCAUGGCCAGAAGAAUGGCAUGGGCAAAAUGGGCACAAUGAAUGGCGGCAGCAUGGGUGACGGAGUAGGCAUGGCGGCGGGUGCGGCUGGGGGCGCUGGCCUCGGCUACAAUAAUGGGCCACAAUUAAUUGCCCCACGUCCCAUCGAUCAGGAACCAUCUGAGAAAUUCUCAAUUGGUAUUGUUAUUGUUAUUCUAACGGUGAUAAUUAUUUUCCUCGUUGGCGCCAUAUUUUGCAUUGUAACGCGUACGAAGCGUGCGCGCGGCAGCAAUGUCCUGGACGCAUUCCAAUAUAGCUUCAAUCCGAAUACGCUGGGUGGCAAUGUGGAUAAACAUCGACCCAAUGGCAGUGGCAUUAAGGCCAACGUCGACGAUAGUGAUUCCAUUGGCAAGAAUAGUCUCUAUCACGAGCCAUUCAAUGUGAAUAUGUACACCAGCGGCGUCAACGGAUAUGCGGCCGUAAAUGAUUUACAAUGUAACAUGACACCAGACUAUACAGAUGUACCCGAAGGCGGUUAUGCCGUGCCACACAUGCAGGAUUAUAUGCCCGCCACAAAGAUGUCCAUGUCCGGCGGCGGUGUCGUUGGUGGUUAUGUGAAUGUACGUCGCACCCCACCGCCGCCGCUGAGCGCUAUUUUUCCCAGGCCACCUUCGGUGCCGCCUCCACCAAUGGAGAAGUAUUAUGCCACCACAGCGAUAUUCAAGCCAAUCAAAGGCCCAUCGGGCGGCAGCAACUGUGGCACUAUGGGUAGCAAUAGCGGCGGUGGUGGCAGCAGCAGUACCCACAAAUCCGGCAGUAGUGUUGGCAAAUGUGGCAGCAACAGUGGCAUUAGCAGCAGCAGUGAGCAUAACAACUACGAUGACGGUAUGGGCACCAUGAAUUCACAAUCAACGGCGCCGAUGUUGAAUGCCUACAGCGGCGGAGGUAACAGUGGAGGAGGUGGUGUCGGCGUUGGUGUUGGCAUCGACUCAAUGCAAUUUCAACGCGCCAGAACCUACAACUUCCGCAGCUAUCCGGACAAUCUUUAGUUUGAAACAUUGACGUUGCGCGGUGGUGUUGGGGGCGAAGGGAGUGGCGGCGUGAAUGUUGACAGUGAAGAUGCAGAGGUGGGUGGCAUCAAUGGUGGUG